UUAUUCCCAGCGCUAACCAUAUCCGAUGAUUUGUAUAAAAUGGCGUCAGCCGAGUUUUUAGAGCAGGCUUUGUCCACAAACGUUGAUGAGAACGCCGUUAACGCGAUAGUAGGUUCAUUAGAAAAUCAGUUAGUCACGUCAGUCGCGUCGGCGUCGUCACAAAACAACUACGUAAAUGUUAUUCCGUCUCAAAAUUGCAACAUAACUUCAAACGCGGGCUCUAUAAUAAGUGGACAAAAAUACAUGACUGACCAAAUUAAUUCUAGUGGUAUAGUGAAUAGUGUUCAACCUAAUAUAGUAUCCUCAAGUGUAACCUAUAACAGUGUACAAGCGUCAACACAGCCAACAUUUACUUCUCUGUCAUUAAGUGGCUCUCCUCUUACAAAUGAGUCAUUAAAGGUGAUAUACACACAAGCGCAACAUCUGGGCAACCCUCAUAGCGGCGUCACACUCCCCGUUCAGUCGUUGGCCAGCGCUUGCAUCGGACAGUCGUCGCAGAGCCAGAUUUUACACGCGGUGUCGGCGGGCAACGUAUUACCACAACCGGGCAACAAAACAAUCGCCAUGCAGAAUCCACUCGUCAUUAAGCAGGGCACAAAUACUGGCCAAGUGGGUAUGCAGACUGGAAUGGUGACUGUCCCAUUGACUGUGAACUCUAGCAUGCCUGCUUCAAUACCUAAUGUGAUGACACUGAACAAGCCUGGAGGGCAGAACGUAGUAGUGACCACACAGAACUUAGGCUCCGCGCAGCCUGCUAUCAUCCCCAAUGUCCAAAUAUUAAACAUGAGACCUGGAGCGCCCACAGUGGCUGCUCAGAAGUCAGUAGCAACAGUAUCACCCAGAGUGGUGAUUGGUACGCCUCAAGUUGUUGGUACGAGAGCAACUGCUCCAAUAACGCUGCAAACUCUGCAGAGUCUUCAACCGGGGCAGCAGGGUCAUUUGUUGUUAAAGACUGAGAAUGGUCAAUACCAGCUCCUGAGGGUGGGCCCCGCGCCCGCGGCCAGCACUCUCACGGCGCCGCAGGCUCAGACCAUCCGGCUGUCGACCGUGCCGGCACAUCCUGGCGUGGCGACAGUCUCUACAAGUGUGGCGGCGCCGGGUCCUAUACCGGGGCAGAUGCCGGCGCCGCCAAUCGCAGCCCCUGUGGUUGCAUCUGCCCCGAGUGUCGCGGUCCCAUCACCACAACCGCCACAACAGCCAAGUUCGACGACGCAUAUAAAACCGUCGGACAAUACCAAAGAAAAAUGUCGGAAUUUCUUAGCAAAUCUAUUAGACUUAUCUAGUAAAGAGCCACCUUCGGUGGAGAUGAACGUAAGGAACCUGAUACAAGAACUAAUUGAUGCUCAGGUAGAACCUGAAGAAUUCUGUGACAGAUUGGAACGUCUUCUUAAUGCGAGUCCUCAACCAUGUCUAAUUGGCUUUUUAAAGAAAAGUUUACCACUCCUGCGGCAGUCAUUGGUCACGAAGGAGCUAGUCAUCGAAGGCAUCAAUCCUCCAGCACCGCACAUUGCUUUUACAAACAUACCAGCCCCAGUGCAACCGGUUAUUGCAAGUGUUACCAAUUCCAACAUCUCAAUGCGCGACGAAGAUAGCUCGAGCCCCACUCUGACGCCUCUCCUGCCGCCGGUGUUACCCUUAGCACUGUCGAGCCCUAUCAUCAGCUCGACCACAAAGACGGUUAACGUAUUACCCGUGACGUCCGCCCCAACGUCUAUUGUACAGCAGCCGGUGCAGAAAAGUGGUGGUACGAUAGCCGUGCUGCAGAAUAUCCCACUUCACACCAAGAUCAACGUGAACAAAGUGGGCAAGGCAAUGACUGUCAACAGCAAGACCAAUUUCCCACGCUCCUCGGUAGCCUCAGCUGCCCUUUCUACAGUGCUCACUCCUGGCAAGUCCCUGCUCAAAGACAAAGAGAAGAAGUCAUCGGGUCAGUUCUCACAGCCAUUCGUUGACGAUAAGAUGGCUGGAGAUGAUGACAUCAACGAUGUGGCUGCCAUGGGUGGAGUCAACUUGGCUGAAGAGUCACAGCGCAUUCUCGGCUCCACGGAGAUGAUUGGUACACAAAUAAGGUCAUGCAAAGAGGAGUACCUGGUGCCAACGAGUUUGAUGCAGGCUCGCAUUAAGACAAUUACAUCGAAACAUAAUAUGGAGGUCUCCCCGGAGGUGGCUAACCUAAUAAGUCACGCAGUGCAAGAACGACUGAAGACACUCGUGGAAAAGCUGUCGACGGUCGCACAGCACAGAAUAGAUUUGUUGAUAAAGUCGGAUAACCGCUAUGAAAUAACACAAGACGUCAAGAGUCAGCUCAAGUUCUUAGAAGAAUUAGACCGCGUAGACAAGAAGCGGCGAGAGGAUUCUGAGAGGGAGAUGCUUAUGCGAGCUGCCAAAUCUAGAUCCAAAAACGAAGACCCGGAACAGGCCAAACUGAAGGCUAAAGCAAAAGAGAUGCAGCGGGCCGAGCUGGAGGAACUACGGCAAAGAGAGGCCAAUCUGACGGCGUUGCAAGCCAUCGGGCCCAGGAAGAAGGCUAGGCUCGAUCUGCCCGGUGGCUCUGGUGAUUCCAUGUCUAAUGGUGCUGGACACACUGCUUCCCCAGGAAUUGCCGGCCGCAGUCAACUAGCGCUCCGCACGCGUCUGAAGCGCAUCAACAUGCGCGACAUGAUCUUCUUGCUGGAACAGGAACGGGAGACCAGCCGCUCCGUCAUGCUAUACAAAUGCUACCUCAAGUAAACAUGUGCUUCACUCAUCCUGAAUGUGAUUACUGUUGUUUGUGUUCGACGCUGUACACGAAUUAUUUCUUUUUACCAAAUAAAUAUCGAGUUGUUGGGCAAACGUGUAGAGUAAGGGUUGUGAACGUGGCGGGACCGCGAGACUCGUAUACCUCGAAUACCGAAACAUGUCCAGGGUUAAACUUGUUAUUUACUGGUAGAUUGUUAAUAAUGGAUUUUAAAGAAAUAUUGUUGCCUGCCAACAGUUCACAUUUACCCUACAUGUGUGCCCUGUGUGUAGCAGUUGUAAAAUGUUAAGUUUUAUCUGUAGAUACUAGAAUUACUGUAGAAAUUGGUGCUCACUUUAUUUUGUUUUUAAGCUAAAUGUUUUUUUUUUUAAUCAGACUGCUGUUUCAAAGGAAAGUUUUAUUAUUAGAUCUAGUUAAUUCACGCGGAAAUAAUUUGGUAGCAAACAAUUAUUUUAAUGUACAUUUGUAAUUCUAUAUGGAUAAUUAUUUAAUACAAUUUCUAUUAUAAGUAUCACUGCUGAUUUCAACCGAUAUAAAAAAGGAUAAAUUGUAAUCUCUUGUUUCAUGUUAGUCUAUUAAAUGAUAUAUUCUGCACAGUUACAGUUAAUAAGUAGUUUUUUCACAUAAGUAGACACAAUUUUACAACAGUUUUACAAUUUGGAUAUACAUGUAUUGUAUGUUCCUGAUUGCUUAAAUGUAUUAGGGUUGUUUUUUGGUGUGCUAACCUUGUUACCAAUGUAAUGUUUUCAUGAAGUUUCACGUAAAGGCUCGCUGCACAUUAGUAGUUGUUUUGACAACCACGUCUGAGUUGACGCAUACACUGUAGUAACAAUUUGUUAUCGGUCAGUUGUACUUAAAUGAAGUUUGACACAUCAUGUUUACAAGAUGUUAUUCAUGGUGUUCAAAAGCUAACAAAGUACUAUAACAGUAUAGAAUUCAAGCCAUUUUAGGUAAUAAUUACCUACUUGAAUUUGGACUUGUUUCUAUCGACUAUGUGUUCUAUCUUCUCUUGUUAUAUUAAAGGUUUUCUCUACAUAUCACAUGAUUGUCUGUUCCAUCAUUCAUUCACUGCCAAGCGUACUUCCAGAAAGACUGGGGUGUCGCUAUAUGAACAAGAGUUAAAACUUAAAUAUUUUAAUCAAUUAGAUAAUUAGAGUUGUUUAUAUUUGAAUAGUAAAAAUAAGUUAACACAUUCCCAUAUUACACAUAUAGAGUUGUAUAGCAAAUAUUUUUAUUUAUUAGUUACAAUUAAAAUAAAUGUACAUAUUAUUAUGUAUCUCUAUAUUGAUAAUUUUAAGAUUAGGAUUGUAAAAAUUAUUUAACUAUCUGAUGUGAUAGUCAGCCCUAAACUAACAUACUAACGAUUUAUAGUCCCUUGGACUGUUUCUACGAGAACUAUUGACAAAUCGUACAAACUGUGAUAUUGCAAUGACUUACUAAAUGAAGAUAACAAUUUACUAACUUUUAUCUACAAUUCUUUUCUACCAAUCAACUAUUACACUUCUUUGUGAAUAUUUUAUACCUUGUUACUCUUAUGUAGUGCUUAAAGAGCUUAGAGAGCCCCUCUGCUUCUUGUUUUACCUGUACUGGCAGCUGAAAAGAAAUUUAGUUCAGCGCUUUAGUCUAAUUAUUAAUAUGUAUUACCUUUAUACAUUAGUUUGUCCCUAUUUCGCGAACAACAUAUUAAGUUGUGAAUGAUUAUUAUUAUUCAAUAAUUAUAGAUUUAUAUUUAAGCAAUCGCAGAUCUAAUUAUAUUUAAGAUUGCUGAGUAACAAUCACGUUGAAUUGACCUUGAUUAAUUUAAUUUCUUCACAUAUUGUUAUAUACCUAAUUGUCAAUGAUCGUUGCUUCUUAUUGUGCUGGUUACACGUUAGCAUAGUACUGAAAUAGCUGUACAUAAUUAGUUAAGUAUUAUAUUAAGUAGCAUAAUGAAAUUGGCUCCGAUUCUGUUACAUACUCGCUAAACACUGAGAAUUGUUCAUUGUUCAAGUUUUUUCUAGUUAGUUGUAUUACAUGUGUCGUUGAAUAACAUAAUCCAGUUAUUAAAUCAUUAAAUAAGGUUAUUUAUUUGAAACAUAAUUAUAGUAUUUACUAGUGUUGCCAUUUAGCCGAUUUUACAGCCCCAUAUCAAGAAGUUAAUCGGAUCGGCGCCAAUAUACUUGUGCAAUAAUAAAUUAUUAUAAUAUAGGCAAACAGCAUAUGCAAAUAAUAUUUGUGUAUGAUUUUUGCUCAUGUAAUAUUUUAAAAAUUAUUAAGCAACAUUUCAUGUGUUUUAAUUAAUAAAUCGCAUUGUGUGAAAAUUAAUAUUGUGAUUUAGAAGAUUCUAUUUUAACAGUAAUGUAUGUAAUGUCCACUGCAAUGUAGUUCAAUAUAAUGCGAUUGAAUAAACAGAUAGUGUAAAUAUAGUGUUAUAUAUUCAAUGUGAAGUUAUAAACUGUUGCUGAUCAUGUUAUACUAACCGCCAUACUUGUCUAAAUAGAAACAAUUUUAGAAUACUUUUUUAUAUAAAUUAAUUAUCAUGAUUGUAAAGUUUUAAUGUUAGCUGUUUUGAUAAUGUAGCUUGUAAUUUUAUCGAUUAUCUUAUAUCUGUUAAUGUUACUAAAUAAUGUUUUUCAUACAUUUGGGUUCUUCAAGAACAGAGCUUUGCUUAUGUGUGAGGAUGAACGCUGUGUGUUUAAGAAGGUGCAUACAGACUUAUCCUCCCACAAAUGUUGAGCUCUACAAUCAUCAGCCGCCGUAUUUCUGUUGUCACCCAGUACAUUUUUACUUGUUUAUUAGGUGAUAAAAAUUGUAACAAGGAAUACCAACAGAUGUAACAACCUGUAGAUAACAAUGACAACCUAUAAAAGAAACAUUUUUUAUUUAUAGUUAUUGUUAAUUAUUUAUUUAUGAAAGAUUAUAACAAUAGUAAAAUAUGUGUUAGUAUGACAUAACUUUUAUCGUGUGGUUUUGGAUUGGAAGUUAGCACCACCAGUAUUUUUUGUAAAAAUGUAGUUAAUUGUCUAUAGUCUAUGUGUAAUAAAAAAAUAGAAUGCUUUAA